AUGGCGUGUGGCAAGAGGGACGCCGAGCCUGGCGACCUGAUCGAGAUCCAGCGAUCAGGUUUCCAGCACUGGGCCCUCUACUUGGGGGAUGGAUAUGUCGUCCACCUGACAUCUGCAGAUGAAGGGAUCCCACCCCUGUCAGCUGACUGUAUGGCAAUAUUGACCAGAAGGGCCAAGGUGAAGAUGCAGCUCCUGAAGGACGUGGUGGGAAAUAAUGGCUACAGGGUCAACAACAAGUAUGACCACUCCUGCCCUCCCUUCUCAGUGAAGGAUAUCAUCCGACGUGCUGAGAUAUACAUUGACACGGAGGUGACCUAUGAUUUGCUUGAGAGCAACUGUGAGCACUUUGUGACAUGGCUCCGCUAUGGUGAGAGGGUCUCCAUCCAGGCCAAGAGAGCAAUUCGUCGUGGGAGAUCUUUCACUAGGAAAGUGUUCACAGUUGCACUUGUUGGUGGUGCAGCUGUGGCUGCUGCUCCUGCUGGUUCUGUUGCCGUUGUUGCUGCUGCUGCUAGUGCUGCUUUGGCUGACAGAAUUCUGAAGGCCUUUAUCUGGUAGGCAUUCAGGAAAAAGAGGAAAAGAGCUACUGAUGGGCCAUUUGAAAGACCUCCAAGCUAGGCAGGGAGCCCCUGGCUGUGGGUGGUCAUUGCCCAGUAUUUGCCACACCUGAUACCAAAGACUACCAGCAACUUUGCUGCCCUUCCUGCAAUAAUUAAUAAUUAAAAUGUAAUCUAAACAAACAAACUCAUGUUGACCUAAAUUCCUCUUCUAUCUUUUGAGUAUAGUUUUGUGUGCAAGUGCAACA